ACUCCAUCGCGCAUCCUCUUUAACUGUCACAUUUUCACCGAUCUUGUCAUCGACACAUCUAGCACCUCAACACGAUUGUUAAAUAUGGCUGCCAACGCCAGAUACGAACAGGCUCCCCAGCGAGACUCCUUUGAGGAACGGGAGUUCUCUCAGCCCCCGCCGUCUUAUCAAGCGACCCCAGAGUUUCCCAGUGCGCCUCGCAGUGAGGGAGACAACCUGCCUGAUGACUUCAAGUUCGGUGGUACCGUCGCGGAGGCGACCCUUCCCAUCCGUAUGCAGUUCGUCCGGAAGGUGUAUUCGAUCUUGACCGCCCAAAUCCUCCUGACCGCCGCCAUGAGCUCCAUCUCCUUCUUCAGCGAGGGCUACCGCACCUGGAUCCAAGGCAACUUCUGGCUACUCAUGGUCUCCCUCUUCGGCGCCAUCGGCUUCAUGCUCGUCACCUACUGGAAGCGCAAGAGCUACCCCGCCAAUCUCCUCUUCCUGUCCGCCUUCACAAUCAUGGAAGCCUACUCCAUCAGCGUCGUGACCUCGCUCUACGAAUCGCGCAUCGUCGUGCUAGCUCUUGUGUUUACGCUCGGUAUCUUCGUUGCUUUGACUGCGUUCGCGUGCCAGUCGAAAUACGAUUUCACGAACUGGAUGCCGUAUCUGUUCGGUGGGCUUUGGUUCUUGAUUCUGUUUGGGUUUAUGGCUGCGUUCUUCCCGAGAAAUAGCACUAUGGAGCUUGUGUAUGGUGGUGUUUCGGCGCUGAUUUUCUCGGGCUAUAUCCUUGUUGAUACGCAGUUGGUUAUGCGGCACUACCAUGUUGAGGAGGAGAUUGCGGCUGCCAUCUCGCUUUAUUUGGAUAUCCUCAACCUGUUCUUGGCUAUCCUGCGGAUCUUGAAUAACCAGAACAACAACUGAUUUGUGCUGACUGCCAUGUUUCAGAUUGCAAUAAUGAGGCGCUUGCUAUCUUGAGGUCGUUGAUUACUUGUUUGGGCCUACACGAGAGUCAUUCAUUAACAAAGCUCGCGCCUUUACAGUCUUUACCUUUUCUUUGCUUUUGGUUCUGUCAGCCGCAUAUUAAUUCCCUCUGUCAAUGGCUUGUCUUUUCUUUUAUAGGGUGCUCAGGUUUCUUUUAGCUCUUAUAUAUAAAAUCAUACCGUUUCAUCUGCCUUCCAACCAAACAUCAAAAGCUUACCAGACUGCUCAUAAGCGUAUACUGAAAGUCAGGCAUAGACAUCUCAGAAACCAAUAUUUUCAUUAA